GCGCAACGUGCAAACUCAUUCUCCCUUUUAUUGCACUCCCCCCACGCACUCACUUACGCUUGCACCUGCUCCUUCACCCGCAUGCCCGCGACCCGCACGCCCACAACUGUCAACACAACAGGAGCCCCCGCGCCGUCUGAACCCACUCGAGCAUAAGACACCACGCAUCCGCAUGUCGACGCCGGCCCGCCGAAGGAACUCCGCCGCGGGCGCCCUGGAACCGGACCUCACCACCUCCUCCCACUCGCUGUGACUGCUACUGAGGCACUGAGCCCGAUCCCGAGUCUGAGUUCGCGCCCCCCGCGCACCGCCCGCCAUGACCGAAGUGCUGCACACGCCGCGCGAGGGCUCGCCGUUUGGAGCGCCGCCCAUGGCCCGCACCACCUCGUCGACGAACCUGUAUAGCGCCCUGCAGUCGCCCCGCCGGAACCACUUCUCGCUCAACGACCUGCGCGCCCACUCCGAGCAGUCCGAGUCGUCGCCCGCCUCCUCGCUGCACUCCGAGUCUUCCAGCAGCCUGUCCCUGGACACCCGCCUGGACGAGUCGAGCAGCGAAGACGACGCCCUUGCGUUCCCAGACUACGCCAAGAGCCGCCGGAGCUACCGCACGGCGACAGAUGCAUCCGAGCCCGCCGAUGCGCCGAGCAUCACCGUUACCGGCGAGCAGCCGCCAUCCUCCGAGCCACACACGGCUGUCGGAGGGACAAUACCCACCGACACGCCUCUCACUACACCGGACCCCGUCCCCCAAUCCGAAGAUGACACCGCUGUGCGGAAGGAGCCUUCACGUCACGUGGACUACCUCUCGUACGAGUGGCAGGAAGAGGACAUUUGGUCCUCGUGGCGACACAUUGUCGAGCACAGGAGCGUCUACGGCGAGCGCUCCAGGCUCGAAAAUGCUUCGUGGCGGACGUGGGCCAAGGCCCAGUUCAAAUUGAAGACUGUGUCGCCCGAGACGCUCAAUUGGCUCAAAGACGUCGACGUGACAUGGUUGUACGGCCCACUGCAGCCUGCCUGCAACAGGCUUGCCUCGCAGCAGACCUCGGAGCCCGUCAGCCGCCUGUCCAAGAGCAGCUCGUUCUUGGGCAAUGCGAAGAAGCCCAUCUUGAAGAAGCGCAGCAUGUCCGAGGCCAUGCUGCAAAAGUCGCUGUCAUCGUCGUCGUUGGUAGCCGAGGCUGCAGAGAUGGCCCAGCAACAGCGCACACCGACUGGGCAACUAGAGCGCCGGAAGCCUCGACCAAUCAUCGGCAGGAAGACUUCCGAUAUCCCCACUGCCUCUUCAUUAAUGUCGCGAACAACGAGCCGGGAACCCACUGAUUACUUCACCUCGAGAUCGACGUCGGGUCUCCACUCGCCAUUCGACGGCGAGAAGAAGCAUAUUAGGUUCGACGACAAAGUCGAGCAGUGCAUCGCAAUUGAAACCAAAGACGGAGACGAUGAUGAAGAUGACUUCAACCACAACCCCUGGGCGUCACAGAACGACGAUGAUUCGUCGUCUGACGAGGGCGUCGUCAUGAUGAAGCGUUCGCGCAAGAACAGGAGGCGACCAUUAUCGAGGACCUCGUCCAAGACCGACGUGACCGUUGUCAAAGCAACAAACAAGACCAUUGAAAAGCUGCCGUCUACGACAUUAAAAUAUAGAACGGACUCGCCAGACGUCACGGAACAGCAGCAGUCACACUCUCUGGGGUUUUGGAGAUCAAGUAGAUUAUCUCCUUCCCCUUCCCAGGAAACCCUGAGGCCGUCUCGCCCAUCGUCAAACUUCCUCCUCCCCGAAGACGACGUCGACGAGGACUACUUCAACCCUUCUGGAGCAUUUGGUGUACAGCGCCCCGCAACUCCCACAGCUUCGGACCCACAUUCAUUGCGAAACAGGCAUUUUGAAGUUCCCUCCAAAUCCGGCGGUCUCCGUCGGACCGCAUCAGGCAUGAUCGCCCCCUUCGAAGACACGGACGACGAGCCCCAGCGGGGAGGCAUUCUGGGCAGCGUUGUAGAUACGGUGAACACGGCGCGCGAUAUUGCACACGUGAUUUGGAACGUGGGAUGGAAGAAUUGAGAAUACGGAUGUAGAUGAGGAAAAAAAAAGGUGGUCAUCACUAGCGACAGGCGUUAUUGGCUUCCUUCUACUGUACCAUCUUUGGGCUGGGCUUCUUCACAUGGGCACGGGCAUACACGGUCUGGGUGAAAGGCUUGGCUGGCUCUGGGACGGCGGUGUACAUUGUGAAUUUAGAACGCUUCCGAAGCUCGCUGCUGAGGGGUAUGCAUUGGCGCAGACUAUGGAUAUAGUUCUGGCCGAAUGAUAAUACAUACGUUACAUCCAUGCUUCUUCCGACGUGCAUGUGCGGAGUAUCGUGCUCAACAGUUUGUUGGAAGGAUGACGAAGCCGGACCAAUGCGAUGGGACCUUUGAGUGUGCGGUUCAAUAUUGAAUGGGGCGACAGCUGACAUGGUUUAAAGUCAAUAAGUGCACGAUUACCCCAGGUUUCAACUGUGGAGCUCCGCUUGUACGAGGACCGGGGAGUUCCACUGUUGCGAGUUGUC